CAGCGGUACCGUGGCGUACCGGGUACGUUAUUACGGUAGAUCACUCACUGACUCGGCUCCACUCUUGUUACCCCCCUCCCUGUGCUAUGUGGUGAAAUAAGCUGUUGCACCAUAAAUAGAAAUGGGGCCAAUACACACCUUCAAGGUGAAACCAUUAGGAUCCUUGCUGAUCACCUUGGUCAUCUUCAUUCUUGUUGAUGGUCGUGGGAUAGAUGUUGAUACAGGAGGAAGUGAGAUUCAUAAGGAAGAUAGAGAUUCACAGGCAGAGAUAACGGAUGAUGGGACGGGGCUACAUAAACUUAGUCAACAUGAACAGCAAAUUUUACAUGCACUUUUAGGAGGAAUUGGUCCAGUAAUACUGCCUGAUGAUUCGGAGCUGUCAAAUCUAGCUGAUGAUAAACUUUCACCAGACCGUGAUGUUAGGCAAGCAUCAGACGAUGAUUGGCCCCUGCCGAUUCCAGAACAGAUUCAUAUAGCAUACGGUGACGUGCCCUCCGAGAUGGUCGUUAUGUGGUCUACUCCUUCUGUUGGUUCUUCAGAGGUUCUGUAUGGCAACGCUCCUGAGAACUUCACCCUCAAUGCCAAAGGAGAAUACCAAGAACUUAUAGACUGGGAAGGCAACUUUGACGGAGUGAAAUUCAUUCAUCGUGUGAAGUUAGAGGGUCUAACUCCAGGAGAGUCGUAUUCAUAUAGAGUUCAGACUGAUAAUGAACAAAGUCAAUCAUAUACAUUCACUGCAAUGCAACAAGGAACUGACUGGUCCCCUACUCUGCUUGUAUACGGUGAUAUGGGUCUAAAAGGUGGUGCACCAAGCCUUCGUCUACUGAAGAAAGCAGCCAGAGAGAGAUUAGCUGAUGCGGUCAUCCAUGUUGGUGAUUUUGCUUAUGACCUUCAUGAUGAAGAGGGCAAGGUUGGUGAUGAUUUUAUGAAUCGUAUUCAAGAUAUAGCUGCUGUACUUCCUUACAUGACAUGUCCUGGUAAUCAUGAGAUUGCGCAUAAUUUUGUUCACUAUCGGUACAGGUUCUCAAUGCCUCAAUCUGAUUGGCCAAUGGGAGACGAGAUGUGGUAUAGCUUUGAUAUGGGCAAGGCUCAUUUUGUCAGCUACUCUACUGAAAUUUACUUUGCUGGAUAUACUGAAAUUCAGCAUCGCCAGAAACGAUGGCUCCGGAACGACCUUGAGAGAGCCAAUGAAAUGAGAGGGGUGCGUCCCUGGAUCAUUGCAUUUGGUCAUCGUCCAAUGUACUGCUCUAAUUCAGAUAGAGAUGACUGUACGAAGGAAGACUCCAGAGUCAGGAAAGGACUUGAAGAUCUGUUUUACGAGUAUGGUGUUGAUCUGAUCAUUGAAGCUCAUGAGCACUCCUAUGAGAGAUUCUGGCCGAUGCAUCAAGGUGUGGUCACCGCUAAGCAUUACAAGGAUCCCGUAGCGCCUGUUCAUGUCAUCAGCGGUGCCGCGGGUUGCAAUGAGUUUAAUGGUGUCUGCGUUAAUCCUAUUUUGGGACCAAGAGGAGAGUGGUCAGCCUACCGAUCCUGGAUACCAGGUCUGUAUGGUUUUGCUCAUCUCCACAUAGCUAAUGAGACACAUCUGCUCUGGCAGCAGAGACUAGCCGUCAGUGAUCAGGUAGAAGACGAAUUCUGGAUUGAACAAAAUCGUCAUGGGUACUUCCCACCGUCGACAAGAUGAGAUGUUCUCAAGAUGAGACAUUGUAAUGAUGAGACAUUCUAUUAAGCCGAGACAUUCUAACGCCGAGACAUUAUGAAUGGAAUUUCUCUCCUCAAUAUUGCUGAUGGUACCCAUUGAACGAACUCUCUAACAGAGAUUAGCUGUGAGCAAUAAAAAACGUUCUGACCUAAUUGUCAUGGUUACGUUCCACUGUCAACAGAGUGAUUCAUGCCCGGGCAGAGACUUUCCUGAUCAAGUUUCUCACCUUAUCAUAGCUGAUACCAUGAUAUGAAGUCUCUAAACGAGAUUAACUGUAAAGACAGGAUGAGCUCUGGAUUAAGCCAAAUCGUCAUAUUAAGUACUUCCUAUAAUCCACAUGAUAGUACUAUCUAAUUUUUACCAAUAUUUAUUGAUAGAACCGACAUACUAAUUGCUUCUGUUGAAUGGGGUAUCUUGCUCCUGUUGCUCGUCUGGUGAUAUUUGAUUAGUCAGCUUAUCAAUGAGAAUUAUUCUUCAAAUACUGUAAACCAUGUAUUCUAAAGAUUGACGGUAUGAAUACCUGAUAACUGUCCUCGUUUAAUAUGUUUGCGGCAUCCCAUUGUUACAGUGCCUCAACACCACUUUCAUGGGGCACUGAACAUCUAAAAUAUCACGCACCCCCAAAGCUGAAAGAAGGCAUAUUUCAUUGCUUGUACGGGGGGGGGGGAUUAUAUGUUGGAUAGGAAGGAAUUUUAACACUUAACCCCAGAUGCCUAUUCUCUAAAUAAACCACUGCCAGUAAUAAAGUGCUUAAUGCAAUCAUUACUAAAACAAAGUCAAAUUGAAUUGUAUACAAUUCAUUUUGGCUCCUAAUCUCACAAUAUAUUUCAAUUACUAUGAUUUUUUUUAAAUCCAUAUUUGUCACAGGGGGAAAGUUGACCUAGUAGGAGCAAUUCUUUAGUAACAAUUCCCAUGGCAUGAUAAUAGAACUGGGAAUGAUGUGUUAUGUUGUGAAAGGGUAUAUAUAUAUCUGUAUUUAAGACAAUUUUUUGGGUCUUUUUUCAAUGUUCGUAAUGCGCCUUAACGCCCUCUACCUUCGACUUACCAUCUAAAUGUGUAUGUUAUUGGAAUUAACAGAAUAAAUUCAUAGACUUUGCCCUUACAUAAGGGCGAAGGCUAUGAAUGGGUUUAUUCUGUUAUGAAGCGUAGUAUCGAAGUGACACCCUUUCUAUUGUAUCUCUAUUUUUUGUGACAAAAAGUAUGUAAAAAGAUAAAUAGAUUUUGUCAGUUAUUCUUAUUGUAAUAUAAUAUAUUGGAAAAUUGUGAAAUGACUCAAUUAUUCAUGGUUAUAGUUAUUUAUUUAUUUAUUGGCCUUCAUGUUUGUCAGAUCUACUAAUAAUUAUGGAAAAUUGAUGAAUUAUGUAGUUUUAUGCAAUAUCAGUACUACUAUUUUGUAUGAUUAUUCAAAGUACAUACUAUGUGUUCUAAUGCUUUAUAAGUACAUGUACUUAAAUGACUUUGUGUAUCAUCACAGUAGAAAGAGGUAGAGAAAUUCAUGCAUAUGUGUUCUUAUUAGGAGAUCCAUUUGUCUUCCAAACUUCAUAUGGACAUGAAUUUUUUGUGGAUACUCUGAAAGCUAUUUGCAGUGAGUGUAUAGUUACAUUUAAAUCUUUUACAUACGUUUUUCAAUUCAUAUGAAAGGUUCUCUAAAAAGGAAGUAUUACAUACAGUUAUCCCUAAAAGAAGAGAAGCCCGUUUUUAGGCAGUCACAUCAAAUAUAUUGAGGAUUAAAAUUUCACUUAAUAGAAUGAGUGAAAUCUGUUUCAUUUAAGAUCCAAUACUGUUUUCAAACGUGGCAGAUUAUAAAAAAAAUAAAAACCGAUGCCUGACUUGAACGAUAAGCUCAGAAACUCACAAAUGAAUCUAGAUUCAACAUUGUUUAGAGAUAUACAUGUAUUUAAAAGGAACAUAAGAAAGAACACAAAAGUACUAAUGAGUCAUUUAUUGCUUAAUACAAGGCCAUUCAUCAAAUACAGUACAUUUUUUUACUGAUGUUUGUCCACACCUUGAUUUUGAUGUAGAAGUUUCAAACUCUUUUUACUUAUCAAUGCUUUCAAAUAAUACAUCCAAGUAGAUGUGAAAAUAAAGGAGAAACCUUGAACUUUAGGAUGACGAUAACUUAUCAUAAUUUAUCUGCUUGUGUUGGGGAACACUGAGAACCUUGGUUCCUUUUUUUUAUUGGACACACAGUACCUGUAUAUCUAUUUGCUUGUUCAUAUUAUUCAAUUAGGCCAAAUAUUAUUCUAUAUUUUUUACUUUUCACUGAUAUUUAUAUUCUGAUAUAAUUCCAUGAUGCAAAAAUAGGGACCCCAUUGUUGUAAGUUUCAUUCAUUUGUAAGAAAUUUCAGUAUUCAAUGUGAUCUCUACCUUAUCUGAAACUACAAAUAUUGUUUAUAAAGUAAUUGUUGUAAUCUUUA